UGCUUGGCAUCUAGACUGCACACCUUCGCCGCUAGAUAACACCCCAUGGUCGCCGCGAGAGGAGGAUGAAGAAGACGACGAGCAUGACGACCUCAUUGAUGAUUCUUGUUUGCCAAAGUGCGGCCAAGGACUUGAGCAGUACAGCAAUUCACAUUGUCAUGCACGAUAGCGGAGGCAUCGUCAUGAACGAAAUCAUUCUUGCAGGCGGCGGUCAAAGCGCCCAUGCGCAUACCCGAAAUUGUUGGCAGGUGUGCGGUGCGCGAUGCGGGAUGACCUGCUCCUGGAGGCCCAUGCUGUUAAUCAAAUCGACCCGCUCGGCACGGGAUGAAGUGGUGGACAUACGGAGCAUCAUUACAAUGGUUCGCUGGUAGGCGCUCGAGCCCAUUUGACCAUACACCACUCUCGGGACAGAGGCGGUCGCCUUCACGUUCAAGAACGUGCGCAGACUGCCCGACUCCUGAGCAAAGAGCGCUACAUCCAGCUUCAAUAUAUGUGCCUGCAUGCGACACAUCGCUCCGCUGGAAAGCUCCGAAACGUGCCCAACAUCCUCGUCGUCCCGCAUUUCUGACCGAUACACUGGAAAAGAAUCACGGCGAAUAGAUACAAUCGCCUUCCGUAAAAACCACCCCCCUUCCGUGACGUCGUCCUCGCCUUUCGAGCUUCCCGGCGGCCGCAUACGUGCGUCUUGGGGCGAGGCGAGGGGGGGGGGGGUCACGGAAGGCAGUGGUUCGCUAUAGGGGUCGGUUGGGCCGCCCCUGACGCGUCGCCUAGCACGUGGGCACGCCGACGUACAUCGGCUCGCUAGGCAAACGUGGAGGGGCUCGCGAUCCCGGGCAGCGUCCGUGGAGCCCGCUGGCGGUCACAUUGACGGCCGCGAGCGCCUCGAGUUCCAUCCGCCACUGCCACGAGCUCUUCUGCCGCGCACGCCUGCUCUCGGGGCGGGUGGUCACGGGGGGGACCCAGGAAGGGGGGGGGGGGAAGAGAAGGGCCCCAAAGGAGCCCUUGCCCCUCUUGGGCCAGCAGGGGUCCAGAAGGGGCCCCAGGAGGCUCCUCUUGGGCCCCUCUCUUCACCCGCCAUUUGGGUCGCCCCCCGAUGCUCGUUCCCGCCCCAGUGCCCCAAACAUGCGAUGUCCUGGUUUGCUCCGUACUCG